ACACUCUCUCUCUCUCUCUCAGACACAGAGCCACAUGAGGCGGGCCCAGAGCAGCAGCAGCAGGUUUCUGUCUGAUCUCCUGUGGAUUUUGCAGCUUCAGCUUCAUUUCCAGUUUUUCCUGCGGAUCAAAGAUCAAACGCCUCCUGAGCUCUGAUUGGCUGAGAUGACCAACCAGGUGACGAACACCUGUGACUCGGCGGUGGGCGGGGCUCCGCCAGAGGAAGCAGCUUCUCUACAGGUGUUUCCGGACUCUACUGAGCGCGCUCCUAAGCUCUGCCGGCGGCUGCCCUCCAUCGUGGUGGAGCCCAGCGACGCAGACCAGGUGGAGAGCGGCGAGCUCCGCUGGCCUCCCGAUGAUGUCAGCGAUGAUGUCACACAGCGCCACCAGCAGGCGGCAGGGCGACCCAUGGAGGGGGCGGAGCCUCCGGAGCUGGUAAUGGGCGGAGUCUGACGGCUACAGUUUUCCCCAGGUGAAGAGGCGGAGCUAACACACCUGAGCUGAUUGGAAGGCUGACCUCUGACCUCUGAGGACUCAUGAUAAAAACAACCUUUUGAUGUAUUCAUUUUAUUUUUAUUGGUAUUUUUGGAAGAAACUUCUCCUGAUUUAUUCUAACUCAUAUUUUUCACAGAUCAAUAAAUAGUUUGAUGAACUCUGGGCUUUUAUUUUGAAAUACCAAAACAAAGCCUUAAAUGUUCCACAAAAUGUUGGCGCUGCAGUUAUUCUUGUUCUGUAAGAACAUUUUGAGUUGUUUAUUGGUUUUUUGGCCUUUCUUCCUUUUUUCAGAUCCAACAGAUCCUGAAUAUAAAAUUAUUUUUCGUCUGGUUCAUUUUAAAUAAGUUUAUUUUUCCUGGUUUCCGUCCUCAGUCCAAUCAGCUGCUGUUUCUGUUUCCCAGAGAUCUUCCACUGAGCUGCGACCCAAAAUUGUUUCAGCUGAUUAAAAAGAAGGUUUUUGUUUUUAACCGUUUUUAAAAUUCUCCCAGCAGGGGGCGACAUUUUUCUGAUUUACUUGAGCCAAUCUCCGACUUUAGCUUUUAUUUUUUAUUAAUGUUUGAUUCAGAAAUUUUCUAGAAAAAAAUCUGGAAAUCCCUGAGUCUGAAAAGCAAAUAAAUUGAAUUUUGUGUUUUAAACCUCCAUUUCUUUUCCAAGUAAUUUUCUGAGAUUGAUCUAAGUUUUUUUUCUAGCAAAUUUUAAACUUUUGAAACUCCAAUUUGCACAUGUGACUUUUUGAACUCAAAAAAUGUCUUUAUUCAAAGAAAUUAAUUUCAAAAUGUGAGUUUUUUUGUGGACAUUUUACCGUUGUAUAUUUCUCUUUCUAUUCUUUGAAUUUUUAAAAAACGUUUUCAGGUUUUUAAUGCUCUCGUGUUUCCGGCUCUCGCUGUUUAACCUUCUUGACCUCUGAUGACGUUUUUCUUCCAGUUAAGUUUUUCGGAUCUUUUCUUGGUGUUUUUGGUUUCUGGUUUUGUUCUGCUGUUUGACGCCGUUGGCGUUGUGGAAUAAAAAACGUCUCCCUGCAGUUCACCAACAGAGUGCAUGGAGUCAGUUUAUUACAAAUGACCGAAUGAUACAAAGGAUGAUAAACAAAAGAGUUCAGAUGUGUGGAAAUCCUUGGAAAACAAGAAACAUUUGUUAGUUACGCAUGUCCGUCUGCAGCACCAUAAUCUGAUCAGAUGCAUAAAAAAUGAGAAACAGAGUGAAUGUUUGCAGUUCCUACUCAGCUGCAUGCACUGCGACAAACACAGAGCGCAUGGAGUCCAGACCACCAAUCAGCUGCAGCAGCAGCUGUUACAUCAUCGCAGCGCCGCCCAGUCAGGAUUGCGUAAAAUGGUCAAAUAAAACAUUCUCCAAACAAUCAGCAUGAAGGAUAAAGAAAAGCUCCACCCGUUUCCUCCAGGUGUUUGUUCAUCCGAUGGAAAAAGUGCACAUUUGGUGAUUUAGCAUCAAAACCUCACCUGCCUCAAGCUACAGGAAACAUGCACUUUAUAAUAAAGGUUUGCCAUAUGUGGUUUGUCCAGCCCAACACUUCAAGUCCACAGGCCAGUGAAACUACGGAGGCCCAUAUGUGCCACUAGAGAGGAAGGAAUAAUCGCAGGGUGGAUCAUAACUUAUAAAUAUGACUUUGGAAGUUGCAAUUUAGACUUUUUAUAGGAUGCAAAAUCAGAAAUAUGACUUUAAAGCCAUAAUGGUGAAAGAAAGUUAAAAAAUUAUAAAUUAUAAUAAUUGGAUAUAAAUAUGAGAUACAAAGUUAGGAAUAUGAGCAACAGUGUAAUAAUUUAGACUUUCAGUCAUAAUAUGAACAAAGUAAUGGUUGUUACUUUUGAAGUUGUCAUAAGAUUCAAAGUUCUAAUUUAGACUUUAAUUCAAACAUUAAAAUUCUGAAACUUUAUAUGAACUAUUUAAACUUCAAAGUAAAAAUCAAAACUUUCAAAGUCAUAUCUUCAGCAAGCCACAUAGCAUUUUAUUUCUCUAAAGUGGUUUUUAUAGGUUUCCAUAGAGAAUCCUUCAUCUCUGCUGGAGAUUGAAUCGUGUUUUUGUACAGAACAAUCACCAUAGUGGAGUUAGCCUAGCUUAGCGCUAACGGUGGAAACGGAUGUCGGUCAACACAGAAAUAUCAGAUUAAAAUUUGGAUUAUUUAACCUGUGAUAAGAAAAGAAGACGAGUCUAAAUGCUCAAAGUCAUAUUACCACAAUUUUAUUGAUAAAUGUUUAAAUGUCAGUUUCAAACUAUUUAGUUAGCAAGCUCAAUAUUUAUCUUGCUAACUAAAUAUUUAAUUUGGUAAUAUUUAGUUCCAAAUUCAAUAUUUACUUUAAAACUUUUAUUAGCAAAUAUUUAGCUUGCUAACAAAAGUUUAGGUUUUAAACUAUGACAUAAUAUAAGUGAAUCAACAUCAGAUUACUUUUAAUAAUUAACUUCAAUUUUCUGCUCUUAUGACAGGAAAAACAACCCAGAUUAUUUCUGUUAGUUUUUGGCUAAAAAAAUGCAGCAGCAGUAAACUGCAAAAAAAAAUCACAAAAUCAAUGCUGGAGUUCUGCAGAGCUCAAUCACAGAGUCUCUGUUUGUUUACUGAUUUAAAAAUAAAUCAGUAAACAUCAUUAUUGUUUUACCAAAUUAAUCAAUAUAUAUAGUUUUUGGUUACAUGAUGAAGCAAGUUGAACAGGAAAGUAAAAGUUAGUUUGAAAGUGAAUGAAAGCCAAGCACAGUGUCAGUUUGCAUUCCCACCGUUUCCAGUCGUUAUGCUAAGCUAGGCUAAUUAAGCCGAGAGUUAACAGCUUCGUUCAUUUAUCUGGAAAUGAACCGGAUCAUUUCACUGCCUGUCGACCCCUCUACAUACUCAGCUGCUUUAACACAAAGACGGAGAAAAACCACAAACAUUAGCCCAGCACACAGCGACAACAGCACGGCUAGCAGCUAACAGCUAACGGACACGCAGAGACCCACUCACUCCACGUCACCUUCCAUCGAUCCGGCGAGUGGCCCUCCCACCGCGUACAGCUCUAAAUCCUGCCAUAGAGCACUUCUCUAAAACUGCCACGGACAUUAGUUUCUACAUAGAAAAUGUAGUUUUCUGUGUAGAAAAAGUUUCUACAUAGAAAAUGUAGUUUUCUGUGUAGAAAAAGUUUCUACAUAGAAAAUGUAGUUUUCUGUGUAGAAAAAGUUUCUACAUAGAAAAUGUAGUUUUCUGUGUAGAAAAGUUUCUACAUAGAAAAUGUAGUUUUCUGUGUAGAAAAAGUUUCUACAUAGAAAAUGUAGUUUUCUGUGUAGAAAAAGUUUCUACAUAGAAAAUGUAGUUUUCUGUGUAGAAAAAGUUUCUACAUAGAAAAUGUAGUUUUCUGUGUAGAAAAAGUUUCUACAUAGAAAAUGUAGUUUUCUGUGUAGAAAAAGUUUCUACAUCGACCUGGGAGUCUCACUGAACCAGGCGAAUUAAUCUAAACCCAUAAAUAGAGAGGAACUAAACCCGAACUCAACUGUUUUCAUUUAAUUUGUAUAAUUUUGUCAUUAAGGUUGAUAACUUUAAGUUUCUGUGUAAAAUACGACAUUUUAGUGUAAAUUUGUUUAAUUCUGUAAUAUUUAGAAAUUGGGAUACUGCAGAUGAAUUUUCCUUCUGCUUCCAGCUUGGUUCAUGUCUGUCACAGCGCUGCGUUCAGGGAGAAAACCAGAAAACCGUCUCACUUUGACAGCGGCCGGAGUUUCCACAAGUCGCUGGUCGCUGUAAAAAGAAAAAAAAAAAAGUCGCUACAUUUGAAGCUAGUAGCUUUUUUGAAAGAAGUUGCUAGAUUUGUCCGUUGAUUUUUUUGGGGGGAGGCAAUAAAUUUGUCACUAGAAGUUGACAGAUUUGUCGCUAGUCGCUGUUUUUUUUUAAAGUUGCUAAACUGACAACAGGCCCAGAACCACAGCCCAGCUUUACCCUCUCUGCUCGUUCACACUCGUAGCCACGCCCCAAAGGGUGUUCUGGCUCCGCCCACUUUGGAAUUUGGAGAUUUUUUUGGGGCGGGGGGCUUUGCUUCCACAGGGGGGGUCAGUUACACUUUAAGAAAUCUUGUUUGUUCUCAGGUCUUUUUAAUAAGCUUUACUUAUUAAAGCAGAUGAUUCAGACUGAUUCAUUCCUUUAGAGAGGCGAUGCGUUCGAGGACCAGUCGGAAUCGUUAAGCUUUCUCUCAUGCAGACAUUCCAGUUAUUUCACAGAGUCUCUCCCACAUUCAGCACUCGCAACAUUCAGCAGAAGCAGCACCAUCCCAGUGAGACGGAGCAGGCGGAGAGCCUGUCUGUCGUCGGUCAGGCAGCAGAACUGAGAAACAUUCAGCAGGUGUUCUACCGGACUCGGUCCAUGAAGCGUGGAAGCAGAGUGGGACCCAUCUGACGGGAAGAAAGUUCUGUCUGCGGAGCGCCGUGGUCAGAGCAGCUGCUUGAUUUUGUAGCGUUGACUAAGUUUGGUUGAGCUUGUGCGACGAGAAAG